AUGAAAUUCUUUCUGUCUCUCGUCGUUUUGGCUGCCGCUGCGUCUGCAGCGAACCCCUCUCUUUUGGCGAAGCGCGCCGUAUACCCUCAAGAAGGCCAAGUAUGCUGCAGACAUGAUGGAGCCAAGAACUGCGUACGUCUUCCUCUUCUUGAUCCUGCUAUAGGAGUAUUUCGAAAGUUCGAAGUAAUGUGGCUAACUUGUCUUUCUGAAGAUCUGCGUGGCUCACAACAAAGGGGUUUGUCUACUAUCAGUGAUCCCCAAAACAUACAAUGA